AUUUAAGUACUAAACAGCGGUCAUAAUGAUUGUCAUGAAGUUCAAACUUCAAAAUUACAAGAUGACAUAAAUUCUCCUGUAAAAGUUUAUAACACAACAAACUAUUAUCUUGGCAAAAUUCUGCACGCUGUUAUAUCUAUAAUUGGAUAAAAUAGGUAUAUCAAUGUUAUUUCGGCUUAUAAGUAGUGCAUUGUUGUUACGAGUGGCUAUCGUUUGGGGCGGCACGAUGAUGACUUCGGGUGGUAAAAAGUGUAGCAGCAUGCGGCUGCGAUACUUAACUCAAAAAGAGGCUAUUGCGUUAGAUGAGGAUCUCUUUAAUGAAUACAAAUUUAGCGUCGAUCAGCUGAUGGAGCUAGCUGGGCUUAGUGUUGCGACUGCUGUGGCACGCACUUAUCCCGCGGCUACACACCCUUCAGCGCUCAUUAUAUGCGGCCCAGGCAACAAUGGAGGUGAUGGUCUUGUAGCUGCUCGGCAUUUAAAACUCUUUGGAUACAAUGUUUCAAUUUACUACCCGAAACGCACUCCAAAACCACUGUAUGAAAACCUCUUAGCCCAAUGCCUUGCAUUUGGAGUUGACAUAGUUGAGAAGUUGCCUCCCCCAAAAGAGUUGUGUAAUGAGUAUCAGUUCCUAGUUGAUGCAUUGUUUGGAUUCAGUUUUAAGCCACCAGUCAGGGAUGAAAUGAAACCAGCAAUGGAUGCUUUAAUUGAUGCUGGAUUACCAGUUUGCAGUGUGGAUGUUCCCAGUGGAUGGAAUGUGGAAAAAGGGCCAGGGGUUAUAAGACCUCUGAGACCAGAUAUGCUCAUCUCACUGUCUGCCCCCAAGAUGUGUGCUGCACCAGAGUUCAUACUAGGUGCCAAACAUUUUCUAGGUGGAAGGUUCUUGCCUCCAGGAAUAAUUCAGAAAUAUUUCCUAAGAUUACCUGACUAUCCCUGCCAGGAUCAAAUAGUUCAGUUAUCUUGUUAAUUAUUCUGAUAAAUAAUAUGGAAAACAAUUGGGUAAACAAUGACAUGUCAAUCAGUUUCCAAUCCCUGUCUGUUUUUUGCUACUUGACUGCCUACCUAAUGUGGGUAAUCACACUUUUUUUUACGUGUUUCGGCUGAAUAAUUCAACCUAUAUUUUUAAAAAUAAGAUUUAUUCUUAAAAAAAAAUGUUUGCAAGCAACAUACUAAAUCAAAUAGGUUGAUGGCUUGGAGUUUAAAUUAUUAUAAUUAUACGAAUAUGUUAUUUACAGUAGUUUAAGAAAUUUGAUAAAUGGGUCAAUAAAUGUUAAAUUGUU